AUGAAUAGUACACAAGUCAUCGGCAACAAGCGGAAGGCCACUGAGCCGCUGGCAAAAGAAAAGACUGCAGAGCGCCGUAAGAUCACCCGGGCCUGCGAUUCGUGCAAAGAAAAAAAGACGAGAUGCUCCGGUACGCUUCCAUGUCAUCGAUGUACCAAGCUGUCGCGACGUUGCGAGUAUACUGCCUUGUAUACGAGAGGAACUCCACCAUCUCCUUUGCCUGGUCCUCAUUCUGUAGCUCGCCAGAAUACGAUACAUCACUCAGCUCUUCCUCAAAGGACUCCCACAGAUGACGCAUCCGCAUCGCCCACAAUCGCAGUUGCAGAGAGAUCGCCGAUCACCCAGAUUCGCCGGGGCUCCCAAGCAAUUGCAGUGCUGUCGCCGAGAAGUAAUUCUCCAGAACCAGAAGCCACUGAUCUCGAGGGUAAUUAUCUGGGCCCUUCGUCCGGAAUAUCUUUUCUCUCUAGGAGCUGGAGGCGUCUAAAACAAGAUGACAUAUCAACAACCCCGAAGAUCAAGGAGAAUGAGACCCCUAAGAACACACCCGUUCUCUUAUUCGGCGAUCGGCCGUUUUCCGCUAAGACAGACUGGGCUACUCUAGAAUUGCCUCCUAAGGCAAGAGCAAAAAGCUUCUUAGAUGUCUAUUUUGAUUUUUCAAUUGUAACCUACCGCUUUCUCCGCAGAGGAAACGUUGAGUCAACCAUCGACAUGCUCUAUGAGAAGAAUAUAUCACCUUCGAAUCCCCCGCCAAGCCAUUUGGCCGCAAAGGUUGGGGUAAUAUUCAUGAUAUUUGCUCAUGUUUGGAUGUUAAGGUCUUUACAAUAUUAUAGUGAGAGGUGGUACACCGCAGCCAGGCAUAUGAUGUCAAUUGAGACCGGACCACCGGCUUUAGAGACAAUCCAGGUACGGCUUGGGCUCUGCUUGUUCCUACUUUCUUCCUCCAGGGCAAAUCAGUGCUGGUACAUGUUUGGAACCACCAUGCAGCUUGUCACAGCGCUUGGGUUACAUAGAAGACAACUAUCAAAAACUAGCCUUGGUGGACAUGCCUACGUGGAGCAAGAACUGCGAAAGCGUAUUUUUUGGAGUGCAUAUACUCUUGACAAAUACCUAAGCGUCAUGUUUGGACGUCCCCGGCUACUAGAUGAUGAAGAUAUUGAUCAAGAUCUACCGGAUGAAGUUAAUGAUGAAGAUAUGUUUCUUGAAGCCCCUCCAAAAUCACACGAUGCUGCCGAUUGUAUGAUGACCGCAUCGAUUUUACACUUCAGACUUGGACAUAUCACAGGCGAGAUCUCCCGGAGAGUGUACCCCACAAAGUCAACUUCUACAGAGGCGCCAUACGAGGCAGCUAUUGAGCUGGUUGCCGAGUUGCAAGAAUGGAAAGCGAACGUCCAUCCUUUAUUCAGUAGUGUUCAGGCAUCAAGUCUGAUACAGCCACUCCGUCGGCAAAGCCACGUUUUACAGCUAGCAUAUAACCAUGCCAUGAUACAUGCUACCCGCCUGUUCAUCCUCAACGAUUUCACUGACCUUAGUCGGCGGCCAUUGUUGCCCCCUGACUUAGUUGCAACUCAUGUCCAAAAUUGCAUCGAGUCGGCCAAGAAUAUAAUGCAACGGGUGGAUGCACUAGCUGGGGAGGGGUCUAUGCUGGAAUCUUUUUGGUUCACGCAUUACAUAUGUUUUUGUGCGAUUAUUGUGGCAUAUAUCUACACUAUCCAACAGCAUCGGUCGUCUCAAAAUGCAGACUCUCCAAGCUUUUCGAACACUGGAGACGACGUUCCAGACCUGUUCAGUCUUGCAGAAGGUUGCCAGGUUCAUCUUGCAAAGGCUACUCGCAAAAACUGUCCAAGCCGACGAUAUGGUAUCAUUCUCGAAGAGUUGAGGCUUGAAGUUCACAAUCAGCUUUCAACCGACCCCCAAUCGCGUCGUCUUCAAGUGCCUAAUGAUAACAGAUUACUCCAGGGCUCCCAGGAAGAGAAAUUCAAAGAUGCAGGAACAAGGCUUGAACAACCACCGACAUCAUCGUUAUCGAGUCUAAAUUACGAUCCAUACCUUGGAAGCACAGCUGUAUCAGACUUGGGUUCUGCCAGCCUCAUAAGUGAUGAGGAAUUCAAUUUUCUGGAUAACUUAGACGGCUCUGCCUGGUGGACUCAACUUGAUUCCUGGUUGCAUAACGCUAGAAGUCGGACAUCUAUUCAAAUGGUAAAUAUGGCGGCUGAAUUACAACCGGCAAUGUCUGCGGACCCGCUCCCAGAAAAAGAAAUCGCCAUUGAACAUGUCGAAACUACCAAAUCUCAACCCGAACCGGAGACAAUAGAUGGCCUCGUACGACAUCGUGCAAAGCUCUUGGGCGAUACACCAAUAAUAUUCUACCCUCAUUCAGGAAUCCAGUAUGUGGGCUACAGUAUGCGUCAACUCGAUGUGUUUGCCUAUAGGGUGGCACAAAAACUUGCUGUGAAGAUCCCGCCCCGUAUAUCGUCUUCGGAAAAGCCAAUUGUAGUAUCUCUCUUGGGUCCAUCGGAUCUCAAUUAUCUAGUAACUAUGUUGGCAUUGUCAAAAUUGGGGCACUCGGUUCUUUUGCUUUCAACACGGAUUUCAUUAGAAGCGUACACAUCCCUACUAGAGAAGACAUCGUCAGAGCAUAUUAUUAUACACGAGACAUUUCGAGAUUCUGCCCAUGACCUCGGCACGAGAAUUAGCGGCCUGCAAGUUGAGGAGAUUUCGAAAGAAGAUGUUUACAAUUUCGAAUUUGAAGAUGUCAUUGAUACGAAUCUCACACCAGCCUUGGAUUUGACGCGGGAAGCUAAGCAUGUGUCGUGGAUCAUCCACUCUAGCGGCUCAACAGGAUUGCCCAAACCCAUCUUUCAGACGCAACGAGCUUCGGUUCGGAAUUAUGCUACUAAUAUGAAUAUGAGAGGAUUCAUCACGUUGCCUUUAUACCACAACCAUGGUAUUAGCUGUCUAUUCAGAGCUAUACACUCUUGCAACACGAUCCAUUUGUAUAAUGCAUCGCUACCACUGGCUAAGCAAUACUUGCUAGACAUUAUGAAAUCCCACGAUUUUGAAAUAUUUUAUGGAGUUCCAUAUGCUUUGAAACUUCUUGCUGAAAUAGAGGAGGGCGUGCAAGCUCUUGCGAAGCUCAAGGUUGUCACAUUCGGUGGAUCUCCUUGCCCAGACUCUCUCGGCGAGAAGUUAAUUGCCAAUGGGGUGAAUCUAAUCAGCCACUAUGGAUCAACCGAAACUGGUCAGUUGAUGGUUUCAGAGAGGCCACAAGAAGACAAAUUCUGGGAUUAUCUUCGUCCGUUUGAAGCAGUCAAGCCCUUUCUGCAAUUUGAAGAGAGAGCCCCUGGAAUUUUUGAAUUGGUUGUUCUAGAUGGGUGGCCGUCGAAAGUUAUGUCGAACCGGUCUGAUGGAUCUUAUGCAACAAAAGAUCUCUUCAUCAAACAUCCAACACUUGAAGCAUACAAAUACUACGCUCGUCUAGAUGACACAAUAGUCUUGAUGAAUGGUGAAAAGGUAAAUCCAUUGGAACUUGAAGGUUGUGUCCGACAAGAUUCAGUAGUUUCUGAGGCAAUUGUUUUCGGCGCGAACAAGGCAAGCAUUGGCUUGAUUGUGAUCCCGACAGCAGUCGGUCAAAAUCUCUCGCGAGAUCAGUUGAUCUGUCAAAUAUGGCCUCGAGUUGAAAGUGCACAUAACUCAAUGCCAGCCUAUGGCAGACUUUCUCAGGAUAUGGUUAUUACCUUACCAUCAGACAUACAGUAUCCGCGAACUGAUAAGGGGACAUUCAUUAGACAGGCGGUAUAUCGGCAAUUCGCAGAAAUUAUUAAGGAUGCGUAUGUCGAGAAAGUUGGUAAACAGCUGCUCACUCUUUCGGAGUCUGAUCUCAAGACGUUCUUAACAGAAAAAGUAAAAAACGUCCUGCCACCCAAGGCACAUAGCCUCUUGAGCGAGGACGCAGACUUUUUCAACAUUGGUAUGGAUUCCCUGCAAGCAACCCGGCUACGCACUGCUAUUGUUCGAGAAAUCAAUACAGGAGGAAAAGAACUCGGACUCAAUCUGGCCUUCGAUUAUCCAACAAUCAACUUGCUAGCUAAGUACUUGACAUCUUUACGUCUCGGUGCAUCGUAUAAUAGCCAAUCGGUGGAGGCCACCAUGCAAAGCAUGAUUGAGAAGUAUUCGACCUUUAAAAAGCACAACCCAGUUCCAAAUAGCUUGAACGGACGCUAUGUUGUCAUUACUGGUGCUUCGGGAUCUCUUGGCUCUCACACAGCCGCAAAGCUCGCCUCACAGCACGAUGUUAAAACAGUGUACUGCCUGAUAAGGGCUAACUCUACUAUUGAGGCAUAUGAACGUUUGGCAAAAUCUCUUCAGGAUAGAAAAGUAUACGAUAGUCUUUCGCAUGCUUCUCGCAACAAAUUUGUGGCACUCCCAGCAGACCUAUCGGACCAACAUUUAGGCUUGGAGGAAUAUGCCUACAAUUUGCUUACCUCUCAGAUUACCGAUCUCAUCCACUGUGCCUGGUCCGUGAAUUUCAAUUGGCAACUCAACAGCUUCGAAAAGGAUAAUAUCGCCGGUCUCAAAAAUCUAAUUGAUCUGUGCCUAAAGUCACAACGAUCUACUCCAGCCUCUUUCAAUUUCUGCUCGUCAAUCAGCACUGUCGUCAAUACCGCUGAAGAUGAGAUUCCAGAAAAUCUCCCAAAGAGUCUCACUUAUACCCAGACCAUGGGCUAUGCACAAUCGAAGCUUGUUGCGGAGCAUAUUUGUAUAAAGGCGGCCGAGCAAACUGGUAUUCGUGCACGGGUUCUACGUGUUGGGCAGAUUAUUGGAGACACCCGAUACGGUGUGUGGAACACCACAGAGGCUAUCCCACUGAUGCUUCAGUCAGCCGUUACCAUCGGUGCAUUACCGCGCCUCGAUGAGACCCAUCGUUGGCUUCCAGUUGAUACUGUGGCUGAUAUCCUCAUCGAUCACUCGUUUUCCACAUAUACCACAGGAGUUCUCAACGUGCUCAACCACCAUAGUUUCCACUGGACAAGAAAUCUUAUGCCAUUCCUCCACAAAGCUGGUCUAGAAUUUACUGAGUUGGAAACAAGCCAGUGGUUGGAGAAGCUGCGCUCAUCGAAUGCUGACCCGGCUAUUAACCCGCCUGUUAAAUUGGUUGAAUUCUGGACUACCAAAUAUGGCAAUCAGGGGCCGAAAAGGUCCUUCAUAUGGCAUAAUAAACUGGCAAGACAAUAUUCAAAAACCCUCGACGAAAUGAAUACACUGGAUCAAGAGAGUGUGAAUAAGAUGGUUGAGUAUUUCAAGGGAGUCUGGUGA